AUGACGGUAAUUAAAGUUGCUGACGAACAAGAAAUUAUCACAAAACUUUCCUCAUAUGUAGAGAAAAUAUCAAAUGACGCAAUUUUGAACAGAGGAAGAUUUUUUGUUGGUUUAUCAGGAGGAUCUGUUGUGAAAUAUUUAUGCGAGGGUCUCCCCUCAGUAAGCACAGAUUGGUCAAAAUGGACUCUAGCAUUUUGUGACGAGAGAGUGGUACCUGAAGACAGUGGGGACUCUACAUUUGGUUGUUACAAUAGGCUACUAAUACCUAAAACCAAAUUGGAUAAAAACCAGUUUAUUGUUAUAAAGCAAGGCGUAACAGCAAGUGAAGCUGCAGUAGAUUACAAUGAAAAAUUAAAGGAAGCUUUCAAAAGUGAUGAAUUUAAGUUUGACCUGCUUUUGCUCGGUAUGGGGCCUGAUGGGCAUACAUGUUCAUUAUUCCCCGGGCAUCCCCUACUUGAUGAGAAAAACUUAAAAGUAGCGGCCAUUACAGACUCUCCAAAGCCCCCACCAGAAAGGAUAACAUUAACUUAUCCAGUUAUAAAUAGUGCUAGAAACUGUAUUUUUGCAUGCAGUGGCGCUGGCAAGGCUGACAUGAUUAAACGUAUUUUAAAGGAAAAGGAAGACCUUCCUGCUGCCAGGGUGAACCCGGAGAAUGGCAAUGUUUACUGGAUAGUGGAUGAUGGGGCAGCGGCUCACCUA